UCCUCUCGGCUGCGCUCGUUGCCCAUUGACAGCGGCGUCUGCAGCUCGCUUCAAGAUGGCCGCUUGGCUCACAUUCAUUUUCUGCUGAACGACUUUUAACUUUCAUUGUCUUUUCCGCCCGCUUCGAUCGCCUCUCGCCGGCUGCUUUUUCCGGGAUCUUUUAUCAAGCAAAAAUGCAUCGAACAACAAGAAUCAAAAUCACUGAACUAAAUCCCCACCUAAUGUGUGUGCUUUGUGGAGGGUACUUCAUUGAUGCCACAACCAUAAUAGAAUGUCUACAUUCCUUCUGUAAAACAUGUAUUGUGCAUUACCUGGAGACCAGCAAGUAUUGUCCUAUCUGUGAUGUCCAAGUUCACAAAACCAGACCACUCCUGAAUAUAAGGUCAGAUAAAACUCUUCAAGAUAUUGUAUACAAAUUAGUUCCAGGGCUUUUCAAAAAUGAAAUGAAGAGAAGAAGGGAUUUUUACGCAGCUCAUCCGUCAGCUGAUGCUGCCAAUGGCUCUAAUGAAGAUAGAGGAGAAGUUGCAGAUGAAGAUAAGAGAAUUAUAACUGACGAUGAGAUAAUAAGUUUAUCCAUUGAAUUCUUUGACCAGAACAGAUUGGAUCGGAAGGUAAACAAAGACAAAGAGAAAUCUAAGGAGGAGGCGAAUGAUAAGAGGUAUUUACGAUGCCCAGCAGCAAUGACUGUGAUGCACCUGAGAAAAUUUCUCCGAAGUAAAAUGGAUAUACCUAAUACUUUCCAGAUUGAUGUCAUGUAUGAAGAGGAACCCUUAAAGGAUUACUAUACACUAAUGGAUAUUGCCUACAUUUAUACCUGGAGAAGGAAUGGACCGCUUCCUUUGAAAUACAGAGUUCGACCUACUUGUAAAAGAAUGAAGAUCAGUCACCAGAGAGAUGGACUGACAAAUGCUGGAGAACUGGAAAGUGACUCUGGGAGUGACAAGGCCAACAGCCCAGCAGGAGGUAUUGCCUCCACCUCUUCUUGUUUGCCUAGUCCCAGCACUCCAGUCCAGUCUCCUCAUCCUCAGUUUCCUCACAUUUCCAGUACUAUGAAUGGAACCAGCAACAGCCCCAGCGGUAACCAUCAAUCUUCCUUUGCCAAUAGACCUCGAAAAUCAUCAGUAAAUGGGUCGUCAGCAACUUCAUCUGGUUGAUACCUGAGACUGUUAAGGAAGAAAAUUUUACACCCCUGAUUUAUAUAGAUAUCUUCAUGCCGUUACAGCUUUAUAGAUGCUAAUACAUGUGAUUAUCGUCCAAUUUGCUUUCUUUUGUAGUGACAUUAAAUUUGGCUAUAAAAGAUGGACUAGAUGUGAUAUUCAUAUGGACGUUAAUUGGUUUUGGGGGAGACAGGCAAGAUUUUUUUCUGUGUGUUAGGAAAGAUGUGAAAUGGUUUCUGUAACCAUUGUUUGGAUUUGGAGAUAUUCUGCAGUGGAUGUAAGCAUUGGGCCAUAGUUUGUUAAUCUCAACUAAUGCCUACAUUACAUUCUCCUUCAUUGUUCUUGUUAUUAUGCUGUUUUGUGAACCUGUAGAAAACAAGUGCUUUUUAUCUUGAAAUUCAACAAACCGGAAAGAAUACGCAUAGAAUGAUGCAUUCUAUGUAGCCAUGUCACUGUGAAUAACAAUUUCUUGCAUUUUUAGCCAUUUUGAUUCUCAUUUUGUUUUUAUUUCUCUGUUGCUGUGCAAAACCGAUCAAAGAAAACUUCAGUUUUACAAUCUGUAUGCCUAAAAGCGGGUACUACCGUUUAUUUUACUGACUUGUUUAAAUGAUUCGCUUUUGUAAGAAUCAGAUGGCAUUUUGCUUGUUGUACAAUGCCAUAUUGGUAUAUGACAUAACAGGAAACAGUGUUGUAUGAUAUAUUUAUAAAUACUAUAAAGAAAAUAUUGUGUUUCACACAGUCAGAGAUGGUUGUUAAAAUUCUCCCAACUGGUUCGACCUUUGCAGAUACCGUAUGUUUCAACCUUGUUUAUUAGCAUAGAAUAUUUUUAAUGUGGCUAUCUAAUUCUAAAUUCUGUUCUAUUGAAAGCAAUUGGCAAGUCAUUAUAAUACUGACUUUUCUCCAGUAAUACAUGUUUAAUUUUAAUUGUUGCAGUAAAGGAAAACACCUAAGAAAUAAAAAGGAUUAAUCAUUUUCCAUUGAUUAUGAUGGAAUUAAUGUGUUUUUAAAAUGUACGUUUAUCAUUGUAAUUCUAAAACAAUUUUUUAAAUAAACCAGCAAGUUGCUAGAAGAAGGCAUUUUAUCUAAAAUAUUUUUUAAUAUGUGGUACAGCAGUAAUUUCAAAUUUAAGAGUUACUUUAACAGUUAUGAACAAUGGAAUAUGCCUUCUUUAAUGUCUGGAAAUUGAAGCAGUUAUGAGCUUCUAAAGGGAUUAAUUUUUAAAUAGAAUGAGCAUGUUGAAUUUAAAGUAUGUAUAACCCCAUCAAUUUUGUGUUUUGCUUUGGUCGAACUUAGUGUGUUUUCAUCACCCAUCAGUUAUUUGUGAGGGUGUUUAUUCUAUAUGAAUAUUGUUUCAUGUUUGUAUGGGAAAAUUGUAGCUAAACAUUUCAUUGUCCCCAGUCUGUAAAAGAAGCACAAUUCUAUUGCUUUGUCUUGCUUAGUCAUUAAAUCAUUACUUUUGCAUA